AGGAAAUGAGGCCUCCUGGAUCCCUCGCAGGGGCACAUUAUCCAUGUCGUUCGAUUUCUUGAGGAACAGAAUCGGAAUCGCCCGCCAUUUUCCCGCCGAUAUCAAGACCUAGAUCCGGUGAUCUCGACGUCUCGCCCGGAGAAAUGGACGAGACGGUCUUCGAUCUGAUGGAGUUUUGGAAGAAACCUACAAUAACCGAGACAUUCGUUGACAUUUUGCUCUGUGCCGUGCCGAUAUGGCUCGCCGUCAUGAUCGGACUCCUGAUCGGCUGGUCCUGGCGUCCUAGGUGGACCAGCCUGAUCUUCUUAGGCCUCCGCUCUAAAUUCCGGUUCGUCUGGACAGCGCCGCCGGGGUUUGGGGCGCGCCGGCUCUGGCUUGCCUUUACGGCUCUCUCCGCUUUCUCUGUGUGUCGUACUAUUUGGUCUAAUUUUAGAGAGAGAGGCAAGAAAUCGGCCGCUGUGGCUUCGGCUUCGGCUUAGGCUUCGGCUUCGGCUGGUCAAUCGUCGCCCCCAUCGCCGCCAUCUAGAAGUUUGCCGGAGGUGGCUUCUGAUGCCAUUAGUAUCAGCAACACUAUUGCUGAACAGAGAGCGCAGGAUAUUGUUAAAGAAAAUGAUUUGCAGCACCUUUUCUAUCUACUUGAAGGGAGAGAUGGAGAGGUGGAUUGGCAGACUAUGAUGGAAAGGUCUACCCCAAAUAUGGCAUACCAAGCUUGGCGCCAUGAGCCUGAGGUAGGUUUUGACUGUUUGCCCCUUAAGAAUUUUGGAGCUGAUAUGUGUGGGUAUGACACUUUGAAUUGAUGCCUGUGUCCUAUCAAAAUGGUUUAUUCCUAAUGUAUCAUAUUCUCAUAUCCUGGAUCUCACUUUAUCAUAAAGUUCAUGUGUUGAAAAAAUGAUAAAAAAUUUGUAUUUGUUCCUGUUAAAUUUAGCUAUAUUGUUUGAUGUCUCUACUGAAGUCUGAGCCUCAUCAGUUAUUUUGUUUUUGCAUGGAAGGUUGUUAGGUUCAAAGGUGCCAACUGCUGGAUGGCAUGUGUGCCUUAUAGGUUAUUUUAUUUGUAAAAUUCACUGCAUUGUACCUGAAUGCUAUAUGAACCACCUGCAUCCCAACCUGAUAGUAAUUUUGUUUACCAGACUGGCCCUCCAAUUUUGCGCAGCAGAACCGUCUUUGAGGAUGCAACUCCAGAGUUGGUCAGGGAUUUCUUCUGGGAUGAUGAAUUUCGGCCCAAAUGGGAUCCCAUGCUUGCAUACUGCAGAAUAUUGGAGGAGUAUACCAAUACAGGCACAAUGAUUAUCCACUGGAUAAAGAAGUUCCCCUUUUUCUGUAGUGAUCGAGAAUAUAUCAUUGGUAGAAAAAUUUGGGAGGCUGGGAAGACAUAUUACUGCGUGACAAAGAGUGUUCCAUAUCCCAGUCUAAAUAAGCGUGACAAGCCAAGGCGUGUGGACCUCUACUUUUCCAGUUGGGUCAUCAGGGCCGUGGAGUCCCAAAAAGGAGAUGGUCAGUUAUCAGCAUGUGAGGUCACUCUCGUCCAUUAUGAAGACAUGGGGAUCCCCAAAGAUGUGGCAAAGUUGGGUCUCCGCCAUGGAAUGUGGGGUGCUGUAAAGAAGUUGCACACUGGCAUGAGAGCAUACCAGAAUGCCAGGAGAUUGGACGCUUCACUGUCCAGAUGUGCUCUCAUGGCACGAAUCACCACAAAAACAUCUCUUGAUGGAAGCAGAGAUACGUUGGAGCCGGUUUCUUACCAACGAGAUGGUCAGGUUAUAGACAUCAAAAGGCAGAAGGAUCACAGUGUAGACUGGAAGUGGAUUGUUGUAGGUGGAGUGGCACUGGUUUUUGGAAUUCGUUCAGGUGUCAUUGGCAAGGCAUUGUUACUUGGAGCAGGACAAAGAAUUGCUAGGAGGUGAAAAUUUUGGACGAAUACAUUGUUGUAUUUUGUACCUGGUUUUUGUAUUCGUACCUGGUUUUUGAGAAUCUUUGAUAAUAUUUACGUAACAAUGCAUCAAUUAUUUACAAUCAACAUAAAUAUGACAU